AUGGGGUUUUCAGGAGACUCGUACAAAGUGUGUGCGAUAUCCGUAUAUCCAGAAAGAUACCAUCCACCUUCUAAUUAUGUUUUACGACUUUUACAAGGGUUAAAUCAGGAAAGAAGAUUUCCUAGCACACAAAUAAACCAACCAAGGCGUAGAGCAAAUAUGUUUGAUGACGAUACAGAAUUACAGGUACUAGCAUACAUAAGGGCUUAUCCACGUUCAUCAAUUAGGCAUGUUGCUCGCGAAAGUGGAGUUUCAUAUGGUUAUCAAGAUGGGGCACCAGCCCACAAUGCAAUUAUUGUUAGACAACAUUUAAAUAAAAUAUUUCCAAAUCGCUGGAUUUGUACUAAUGGCGUUGUUCCUUGGCCUGCACGAUCCUCAGAUUUAACGCCAUUGGAUUUUUUUGUAUGGGGAUAUUUGAAGACUGCGGUUUAUGCAGAUACACCUGUCAAUCUUCAAGACUUAAAACAAAAAAUACAAACCGCAUGUGAUAUUUUAAGUGAGGACCAAAUCAAGGCAACUUCGACUGAAUUUUUAAGACGACUGGAAUCAUGUUUAGAACAUAUUGGCGAAAACUUCGAACAAUUCAUUCGAUAA